CCAAUAUAAUAAGAGCCUAGAAGGUAUUGAAACAAGGAUUGCGAACUCCACAGAACGAUGAAAUCAAAGCACAUGUACCUCUUCAAUUUGAUCUUACUUCUUCAUAUUAGCCAUAGGAAUGGAACUAAAACAAAAACCUACUAUAAAUUCGAUAAUAUAAGCAGAACAGAUAACGUCACAAAAACGAUUAGCGUCGGCUCGGUGAGUGAGUGUGCUAUUCGGUGUUUGCUGGAAGAAUGGCUCUGUAAAUCGUACAAUCUGAUGACGGUUGGAGGAAGCAGUGAUAAAGUGUGCGAGUUUAUCGGAACUAUAGGAGGGCACGCGGUUCCGAAUACUGCAAGUGAUCAUUAUUACCAUUCUCAACAUGUUAACUGCAGAGAACAACUUGUAUCUGGAGAUAUUUACAGUGUUGGUGAUGCAAGUAUCACUGCGUCGGGGUAUUACAAUACUGCACAUGUCCCGAGCAGAGGUAGAUUAGACUCACAGCAAGUGUCAGGCCUGAAUUCAUGCUGGGGUCCGGGUAGCGAACCCGAUCGAUGGAUUCAAGCGGACCUCGGUGAACUCAUGUUAGUGACGGGUGUCCUGACUCGGGGAAGAACAGACGGGGCGUAUAUUCAAUGGGUAACAUCGUACAAGUUUUUGUAUGGAGAAACUGAAAACAGUUUGGAAGAGUACAGAGAG